UGAAAUCUUGAAAUCACUUCCAGACUGGUAAUGCCUCCACCAACCACAACUCAAUGGCUAAGCUUGGUGGGUAUCAUUUGGCUUCAAUCCAUCAGUGGAACAAACACAGAUUUCCCAGCUUACUCAUCUCAACUUAAGCAGCUUCUCUCAAUCUCUCAAGUUCAACUCAAUAAUCUUGCUUUUGCUUCUGAUGCUGGAAAGCUUUUUGGUUGGUUAUCUGGCAUUGCUACAAAUUAUUUACCUCUCUGGUUAGUCCUUUUAAUUGGUUCCAUUCUAGGAAUGAUUGGUUAUGGAAUCCAAUUCCUUUUCCUUAUCAACAAAAUCUCUUCUCUAUCUUAUUGGCAAUUCUUCUUUCUAACUAUUCUAGCUGGAAACAGCAUUUGUUGGAUCAAUACGGUUUGUUAUGUUAUGUCAACUCGAAACUUCCCAUCAAAUAGGCAAGUUACAUUAGGGUUAUCAACAAGCUAUGCUAACUUAUCAGCAAAGAUUUAUACUAAUAUUGUAGAAUGGUUCUUCCCUUCUUCCACCAGAAGGGCACAAGGGUACCUUCUUCUUAAUUCAAUGGUACCCUUAGGAGUCUCUAUUCUUACCGCACCUCUUCUUAGAGAGGUUGAAGUGGAGAAAGUGAAGUAUAUAAAAGGUGGGUUCAUUGUAAUUUUUAUUAUAACAAUAGCUACCGGAAUCUAUGCUAUGUUUGGCAGCAUCGAAAAGAUUUCCACCGAUUUUUCGCCGUGGGUUCAUGUUAGUGGCAUGGGUGUUCUUCUAGCUGCUCCAUUAAUGAUUCCUUUGAUCAAUUGGGUAAGAGUGGUUUUGAAGGAAAAAUUGUGGUGGACUAAUAGUAUGAGGGAGAGAAGAAUUUAUGAUCUUUCAGUAAAUGAAGUUGGUGUUUCAGAUAGAAUAGAGAUUGACAUCAAAGAAAAAGAAGGAGUUGUAGUUGAAAAAGAUAUUGAGAUUAUUAAAGUUAAAGAAGAGAUUGGAGUGAAGUUAAUGGUUCAAAAGUUAGACUUCUGGUUAUAUUUCUUUGUUUAUAUGUUUGGUGCAACACUUGGGCUUGUGUAUUUGAACAACCUUGGUCAAAUAGCUGAAUCUAGAGGCCACUCAAAUGCGACUUCUUUGGUCUCAUUGUCUUCUUCUUUUGGGUUCUUUGGCCGUCUCAUGCCAUCUCUCUUCAACUACUUUUUCUCAAAGAGUAGGUACAUGGUUUCAGGAGUAACAUGUAUAGUAAUACUGAUGGUUCCAACGGCUGGAGCAUUCUUCUUACUUCUCAACACUACUAAUAUCUCCCUAUACAUCAGUACUGCCAUUAUCGGAGUCUCUACUGGUGCAAUUUCUUCCAUUGCUGUUUCUAUGACGGCGGAGUUAUUUGGGACAAAGAAUUUCAGUGUGAAUCACAACGUUGUUGUCGCUAAUAUCCCGAUAGGUUCGUUCCUAUUCGGUUACAUGGCAGCCACUCUUUACCAAAGAGCUAGAUAUCAGGGACAUGGGAAAUGUAUGGGGGUUGGAUGCUAUAGGAAAACUUUCAUCAUUUGGGGUUUUAUUUGCUCUCUAGGGACUCUCCUCGCUUUCUUCCUCUAUCUUCGGACUCGCAAAUUUUACUUGCAGAGGCAAUUAGAGUAGAAAUCGAGAA